ACAAAUUCCUUACUGGGAUUUGAGUUCUUCAUCUGGCAAGCAGCGUUAUUUGUAACCUCUUAGUUUAUUUUGUAUUUUAUUGUGCUGGGCCAUGUCUGAUGGAUUUUAUCCUGUAAAGUCCCUCCUUGAACUAUUCCAAAAAUAUGGUGUUGGCUAUAGGUCCCCCAGUGAUCCCUUCUUCGGGGCUGGUAACAAACUCAUCAAGCCCUUUGUUCGGAUGGGCGUCAUAAGCAAUCCUCCGGACGUCGACUGUUUCCGUCCAAUUGAUAUCAUCUACUGUAGUGUGUCCAAUUGCGAGGCAAAAUUCGAGAAUUUAGAAAAUUAUGAAAACCACUACAAUUCCCUGCAUCGAUACACUUGUGCCGAAUGUCGGAAAUCCUUUCCCUCAUCCCACUUACUGGACUUGCAUGUUUCUGAAAAUCACGAUUCCUUCUUCCUGGUCAGCACUAAAAAGCGCCCCAUGUACAGUUGUUACAUUGAAGAAUGCAAAGAGAAAAACUGGACUCCAGAAGAAAGAAGAGAUCACUGUAUUUCCGUUCACAAAUUUCCCCACAACUUCCGCUUCGGCUUGCCAACUAAGACAUCCAAGGAAGAUGUUAAACUGGACAAACCAUCGGGUAGUGCAGAGGAGGAACCCAAACCUGUGAAAUCUUUUACAUUUGGCCAUGGCGUAUCGCGAACCUUUGAAAAAGGCAGUGGCCAGAAGACUGCUCAGAAGUCUCGUAUUCUCGAGGAGGAUGGAAAUCGGGACAUGGUGAUGGAUCUCAUGGAAAGUCUUCCAGAAUAGUAUUUACCCCUUUAUGAUAUUAUAAAUUACUUUUUUUUCUAUCAACUACAAUAAAUCAGUUAAUAAAUAAAUUCUUUAUAAAUA